GUCAAACGUACCGUACAAACAAAAAUUACAACAACAACAAAGAAGCAGCAGACGCAGAUCUACUCUACUGCUCCUGUCGAUUUAAUCUCAGACUUGGUGUUUGCCUCACCUAUCCAUUCAUCCAGUUCCAGUUGCUACUUUGCUCGCCAACUUCAAUCAUCUCAUUUGCAACACGACAGAUCUCUGAGAUUCUUAUGUGCGUCUUUGCUGUGAUUUGAGGAGGCUUUUAAUUAUAGGGGAUAUCUCCAAUGGGUUCGACACAGUCCAUGCAAGUGGUGGAAGAGAGUGAAGAAGAAGAAGACGAAGACGAAGAAGAAGAGGAAGGAGUAGGCAACGGCAUUGGGGCGCCCAUCCCAAGUGUACUGGUGGACAAGGAUGAUGGUGAUUUGCUCAACAAGGUUCUGGAACAAGAACCCGAGAUGCUCUGCCACGCAUCCGCAUCGCCGCUCUCUCCUCAGCUCUCCUCCCUCGGCACUCCACGACUGGGACCCUCCAUCAAGGUGUGGGACCCUUACAACGUCCUGGCUCCCCCCACUCAUCACUCCUCCGUCUUCUCCCGCAGCUUCUCCAUCGACGACGACCGCUUCCUCACCACCACCGAGGUCUUUCUGGUUUGUCACGGCGAGUGUGAAUUGAAUUUGAGGCCCGAUUUGGUGGGUGGGAGGUGCCCCCAGGCUGCCUUGACUCCCAAUGGCAAGAGGCAAGCCAGGGCCUUGGCCGUCUUCUUGAAUUCCCAGAGGGUCACCUUCAAUGCCGUCUACACCUCCCCUCUCGAUCGUGCGCGCUCUAUGGCGGUUUCUGUCUGUCAGGAAAUGAAUUUUCCAGUAGCACAGAUUCAAACCUCCGAUGCACUUGCAGAGAUGAGCCAUGGGCAGUGGGAGGGCUGCUCGUGGUCUGAAAUAUACACAGCUGAAGUUUUGAGCUUAAUUGAUAGACUUCAGCCUGAUUUCUCUGCACCAUCUGGAGAGUCACUUAGGCAAGUAGAGUUUCAAAUGGUCCAUUUUUUAAAUGGGACAGUGCUGGGGUUUCCUGAGAAAUUGAGAGCAUACUUCCCGUCGCACAAUCAGAAUGAGAGCCAAGGGUUCUCACACCCUAGUUCUCAUGCUUCAACCAACUCAAUACAUGACCGAGAUGGACCUUCCCUCCCACCACCUCAAUGGGAUCUGCUUAAUAGGCAACGGCAGGGGAUCUUGAGGAAAAAGUCUGGAAAGAGUAGGCUGCAAGUUGUGACUACUACUGGAGAUCAUGAGGUUGAGGAUGAGGUUUCCCCAAGUGAAAUCAGCCACCAAAGUUCGCCACAUGAUUUAGUUGGCCGUAUGUCCUCAUCUGUUCCUUGUAUUGGUAUUUUCAGUCACGCAGUACCAAUCAAGUGUCUCCUCACAGGCAUCCUUGGUUGUAGCCCAGUAAUGUCGCACAAGAUUUGCAUAGAAGACUCUUCAGUGACAGUUUUGCAGCAUUCGUGGAGAACAGGUUGGCAGAUUAAAAGGUUGAAUGAUACCGCACACCUCAGGCUAAUGUAGAUGGAAAUUCUAUCACGCAUUAUGUUGACUUAUGGGGAAGUGAUGUUUAAGUUCUUGGCCAUUAUUACAAGGAAGAAUGCAGCGUAUGAAACAACACAACAGAACAGAACACACGAUUUUGCUUAGAUUUGCAAUACCCUGCCAUUAAUUUGUUGUACCCUUUGAUAUAUUUAUUUUGAGAUUGACAACUCCAAAGAAGAAUACAUUGUUGUUGGAGUUGCAUCUUGUAUUGGAUGAUUCAUUCGAUUUAUAAUUUUACGGAAGGAUAUGUGAAAUUCAUGUAUUUUCUAUAAUUAAAAAAAAUUACGGAGAUU